AUGGUGAACGUACCCAAGACCCGGAAGACCUACUGCAAGGGGCGCGAGUGCAACAAGCACACCCUCCACAAGGUCACCCAAUACAAAGCCGGCAAGGCUUCAUCAUUCGCGCAGGGUAAACGCCGUUACGACCGCAAGCAGUCCGGUUACGGUGGUCAGACCAAGCCCGUCUUCCACAAGAAGGCGAAGACCACCAAGAAGAUUGUUCUCCGUCUGGAAUGCUCGUCAUGCAAGACCAAGAAGCAGCUGCCGCUCAAGCGCUGCAAGCACUUCGAGCUUGGUGGUGACAAGAAGACCAAGGGUGCUGCCCUUGUGUUCUAA